GAGACCCAAGAACGAAAUGAAACCUGUAAACAUGAAGGAAAAGGGAGGUGCCUAAUUCUGAGUGUGAUUUCAGUCUCUUACCUCAUAGAUCCUCAGCCAAUGGUCAGCAGCCUGGCAGGCUUGAGGAAGGUUCAUGACCACCUCCAACUACUCUGUAGAGCAACAAUCUGAAGACUGGGCUUCAAGGACACAACAAAACUAUCUUAAAAGAAAGCAAUGGAAAUGGCUCAUAUCAGUGAAUUCCUAGAAAACAAAGUGUGAAAACACUCAAUUUAGGAUCAGUCACAUAAAAGUCAACACUGGAAGUGAAAAGCUCACACUCAGAAGGAAGAGACACCUUGACUUCUGGGCACAGCACACACAGCACUGAACUGCUAGGAAUUCACAUGAAGAGAGCCAUGGCAACAGCAAAGUGCAUUCCUGAGGAGCCUCAGCUAAGAAGCAGAAGGAGGCACGAUCUCCAGGAGAUGCUGACAGAAGUGGGACUGUCUCCUGACUACUGGCUGCCUAAGCUUCAGGAAGACCUGGGUGUGUCCUCUGCCCAGGCCUUACAAUAUUUAGACAAAAGGGACCUCCAGAAGCUGAAGUCCCAGACAAAACACACAUGGGAGAAAAAAGCUCUGGAGAAGCUGCUUGAUCUCUCACAGCCAAACAGUGUUGCAGACCUGCAGGAGACUCCAGGAGAGAUGAUAAAGAACAGGCAGAGGCAGGCAGGACAGGCAUUGCAGGCUCUGAAAGCCUUGCAAUUAGAAGGGAAGCACAGAGGAGAAGAGGCAGUGAGGAGAAAAGAAGCAGAGCUGAGGAAAGCAAUGGAGAUCCCUGAGGAGUGCUGGCCAAUGCCUGAAGUGCCCCUAAAAGACAUCACUGAAAUAAUGGAGAGACAUCUCAGUCACAUGGAACAGACCCUGGCUCACAGUCAAAACCUCUCAGAUAGAGACCUGGUAAGAUGGGCUUCUGGAGGGUUGGCUCUUCAGGGAAUUUAUAAGACCAGCCACAAAAGAAGCCUGAUUCAGAAGAGAGAAGAGCUACUCAGUGUUCCUAAGCACUUCACACUUGUUGGCCCAGAACAAGUCAUGGAGAUAAAAACAAAGGAAUUUUCAUCUUUUCAAGAACAAGCCAUGUUUACACAGACUAUACAGAUACUGGGUUUCAGUACAACCUCCUUGGUAAAAGGAGAAGGUUGGGGACUUAGUCUAGAAGCUGGUAUGGGACAAAACAAACAGAGAGAAUCUGAGGAUAUCCACCAAUCACAUUCAGAGCAAUCUUAUUUCUGCUCAGCCAAGUUCAGCUACAUCCCAUUGGCCACCUGCCAUUUUCAUAUCAAUCAUCUCCAGCUCUCCAAAGCUGCUCUCCAGGAGCUAAAAAGUAUUGAAGAACUCCUGGAGCAGACGACACACCCAGAUGGAUUCCCCUUACUGAGG